CAUUUGAAUCUGUCUUCUCCCAUCUCCAGCUGUCCUUUUAUUGCUGAUGUGUAUGUUUUUGUUCUUCUUCCCCCCCCCCCCCCCCCCUCAUUACUUGUGCUGGCAUGCUUAUUUGCUUCAUUUAGACUUGACAGCAUCCCUUUGGCCAGGAAUUAUGUCACUGGCCACAGGUCUCCAGUGGUCAAUUCCCGAGCCUCACCCACAUCUGUCAUAACACGUCGCCCUACAGUAUCACCAGCCCUCCCCAGGAAGAUCACGUCGAAGCGUGGCGAGUCGUUUGGGAUCAGCCGAAUUGGCAGCAAGAUAAAGGGUGUGUUUAAGAGCAGCACGAUGGAGGGCGCAAUGUUGCCACAAUAUGCCAUGAUUGAAGGAGAAGACGACACGGUGGAGGAGGCAGUGAUGGUGUUUGAGGACGACUCUCCAGUGCCUGUGGAGGGGGUUGGAACUCCAGGAUCAUCCCGCAACCUCUCCGCUUGGACCAUCUCAAUCCCUUAUGUGGAUUUUUCUGAGGAUGAGGUUAAGAAAGAGCGUAACCCAGUCUUCUGCAUCGACGUGGAACGCCACGACAGGAAGAAUGUGGGGCAUGAGACCGAGAGCUGGUCUGUGUACAGAAGAUACGUGGAGUUUUAUGUGCUCGAAUCCAAACUCACAGAGUUUCAUGGCCCAUUCCAGGAUGCUCAACUUCCUUCCAAAAGAAUCAUUGGACCAAAAAACUAUGAAUUCUUGUCCUCCAAACGAGGGGAAUUUGAGGAAUAUUUACAGAAACUGCUGCAUCACCCUGAACUGAGUAACAGUCAGCUGUUGGCAGAUUUCCUUUCUCCCCACAGCAUUGAGACGCAGUUCAAUGAUAAAGCGCUAGAUGUCAACCUAGGGAAGAUAUUUAAGUCUGUGCCAGGAAAACUAAUGAAAGAGAAAGGGCAAAACCUGGAGCCAUUUAUCCAGUCUUUCUUCAGUUCGUGUGAAUCUCCUAAACCCAAACCCAGCAGGCCUGAGCUCACCAUCCUCAGCCCCACUGCAGAAAAUAAUAAAAAGCUGUUCAAUGAGGUGUACAAAAACAAUGCUAAUCUGCCUGAAGGCGUAGAGAGAAAGCACAACCAGAACUACUUCAUGGAGCUGAUGGAGGUGGAUGGUUCAUAUGACUAUAUGAUGUUCAUAGGUCGUGUGGUGUUUCGCAUGCCUGAUUGGCUGCAUCACUUUCUGAGUGGAUGUCGUAUUCUCUUGAAGAGGACUCUAGAGGCGUUCGUAGAGCAUUAUUUACAGUCCAAAUUAGACCAGCUCAUGCAAGAGCAUCGCCUCGUCUCCCUCAUCACUCUGUUGCGAGAUGCCGUUUUCUGUGAGAGCACAGAGGAACGCUCUCCUGAGGAAAAGCAGAGACGAGCCAAGAAGACCUUUGAGGAGAUGAUGAAAUACCUACCAGAUCUAGUCGGGAAAUGCAUCAGUGAGGAGGCAAAGUAUGAGGGCGUCAAGAUGCUGUUCAAUGCCAUUCAGCAGCCACUGCUAAACAAACAGAUGACGUAUGUGCUGCUUGACAUCGCUCUCCAGGAGUUAUUCCCAGAGCUCAGUAAGAAUCAGAAGCCAGGUCUCUCCGUCUCCACUAGAUGGAUGUAAAACAUCAUAAGGCAUUUUAUUGCACUACUAAAACACAAUUAUUUAUUGACUUGUGUGACUAUUUUAUUGUAUCAUUGGAUCCCUGCCUUAUUUUUCCAUUCUUGUUUAAAUUGUAACAACAUCAGGAGUUUGAAUCAACAUCUUUGUGACCAUUUUACAUUCUAGACAGUCCGUUAAGACAAAAUACAGAAACAAGUGAAAAAAAAUAUAACUGAUACAUUUCAUAUAGUGUCAGUUAAGAGCUGUGUGUGAAAUAAAAGUCCUGUGGGGAAAGGGGUUUUGUAAAUGCUCUUUGCUCUCUAUAUUAAAAUGUAAUAUAUCCAA